CGGUGUUGGGCACGAGCCUGGCGGGGCCGCAGGCUCCGCCCUGCUCCGCCCCGCCCCGCCCGGGCUCAGGGGAAAGGCCGCCGCGGGGACAUGUGCCCCCCUCAGCGAGGACAGGAGAGUGUGAAAGGCAGCGGGGAAGCCAGGUCUGGAAGCGGGAGGAGGCAAGUCCCCGAGCUCUGAGGUCCCAGAUCCGGGCUGCAGAAGGCCCAGGGUCGUGGGGAGAAGGGACACGCCAAGGUGGCCGAGUUUUCUUUCAUCUUGUCUUUUAGAGAGCGAAAUGUCAUCAGUGGGGUCACACCAGGAACAAUUGUCCCAGUCAGAUCCAUCCCCAUCACCAAACUCAUGUAGUUCCUUUGAGCUACUAGACAUGGAUGCUGGCAGUUUGUAUGAACCAGUUUCUCCUCAUUGGUUCUAUUGUAAAAUAAUAGAUUCUAAGGAGACAUGGAUUCCUUUUAACUCUGAGGAUUCACAGCAGCUGGAAGACGCCUAUGGUUCUGGAAAAGAUUGCAAUGGCAGAGUUGUCCCCACUGAUGGGGGCAGAUAUGAUGUGCAUUUGGGGGAGAGGAUGCGGUACGCUGUAUACUGGGAUGAGCUAGCAUCAGAAGUGAGACGAUGUACCUGGUUUUACAAGGGAGACAAAGAUAAUAAGUAUGUUCCCUACUCUGAGAGCUUCAGCCAAGUAUUAGAGGAAACUUACAUGCUUGCUGUAACUCUGGAUGAAUGGAAAAAGAAACUGGAGUCUCCUAACAGAGAAAUUAUUAUAUUACACAAUCCAAAGCUUAUGGUGCAUUACCAGCCAGUUGCAGGGUCUGAUGAAUGGGGUUCAACACCCACUGAACAGGGUCGACCAAGAACAGUGAAGAGAGGGGUUGAGAACAUCUCUGUUGACAUUCAUUGUGGAGAACCUUUACAGAUAGAUCACUUGGUUUUUGUAGUCCAUGGGAUUGGACCAGCUUGUGAUCUCCGCUUUCGAAGCAUUGUACAGUGUGUUAACGAUUUUCGCAGUGUUUCCUUAAACCUACUACAGACACAUUUUAAGAAAGCCCAAGAAAAUCAGCAGAUUGGGAGGGUAGAAUUUCUUCCAGUCAACUGGCAUAGUCCUUUGCAUUCUACUGGUGUGGAUGUAGAUCUGCAGCGAAUAACUCUGCCCAGCAUUAACCGCCUAAGGCACUUCACCAACGACACAAUUCUGGAUGUCUUCUUCUACAAUAGCCCCACCUACUGUCAGACUAUUGUGGACACAGUUGCUUCUGAAAUGAACCGAAUAUAUACACUUUUUCUGCAGAGGAACCCUGAUUUCAAAGGCGGUGUAUCCAUUGCUGGUCAUAGUUUAGGUUCGCUUAUAUUGUUUGAUAUCCUAACAAAUCAGAAAGAUUCUUUGGGGGAUAUUGACAGUGAAAAGGAUGCACCAAAUAUUGUCAUGGAUCAAGGAGACACACUGACACUAGAGGAAGAUUUGGAGAAACUUCAACUCUCUGAAUUCUUUAGUAUCUUUGAGAAGGAGAAAGUAGAUAAGGAAGCGCUGGCUUUAUGUACCGACAAAGAUCUUCAGGAAAUGGGAAUUCCCCUAGGACCAAGAAAGAAGAUAUUAAACUACAUUAGGACCAGAAAAAAAUCAAUGGGUAUUAAUAGACCAAUCCUGCAGCCAGCUUCAGGGGUGAAUAUAUCUAACAUCCCCAGAGAAUUGGAGUUUUGCAGUAAAACAGAUGCUACUGGAAAUGGUGACUAUCUGGAUGUUGGCAUUGGGCAGGUGUCUGUAAAAUACCCCCGGCUCAUCUAUAAACCAGAGAUAUUUUUUGCCUUUGGCUCGCCCAUUGGAAUGUUCCUUACCGUCCGAGGACUAAAAAGAAUUGAUCCCAACUAUAAAUUUCCAACAUGCAAAGGUUUCUUCAAUAUUUAUCACCCUUUUGAUCCUGUGGCCUAUAGGAUUGAACCGAUGGUGGUCCCAGGAGUGGAAUUUGAGCCAAUGCUGAUCCCACACCAUAAAGGCAGGAAGCGGAUGCACUUAGAACUGAGAGAGGGCUUGACCAGGAUGAGUAUGGACCUUAAGAACAACUUGUUAGGUUCACUGCGGAUGGCCUGGAAGUCUUUCACCAGAGCUCCAUACCCUGCCUUACAAGCUUCAGAAACUGCAGAAGAAACUGAAGCAGAAUCGGAAUCGAGUUCCGAGAAGCUAAGUGAUGUUAACACAGAAGAGGCCUCUGUGGCCGUUAAAGAAGUUCCACCCAUUAAUGUGGGAAUGCUGAAUGGAGGCCAACGCAUUGACUAUGUGCUACAAGAGAAGCCCAUUGAAAGUUUUAAUGAAUAUUUAUUUGCUUUGCAAAGCCAUCUAUGCUACUGGGAGUCUGAAGAUACCGUAUUGCUGGUCCUCAAAGAAAUCUACCAAACCCAGGGCAUCUUCCUUGAUCAGCCUUUACAGUAAAAAUCAACUAUGUAUGGCUACUUAAUACACUGAAGGAUCCUUCCCCAGAAAAUCUACCUGCUUGUUGCUGCCGUUUUCCUCUCAGCCACGUCAUUUCUUGCAUGUUACCUGCCACUUACCACUGGGGUCUUUGGAAGAUAAUCUUUUUUGGAAGUGAGUAGAAAAGCAAAGAGAAGACCGUAUUGCUUUUUACCACUGGCUUCGUAUAAGCACUCGCCAUUCUUCAUAGUGGGGCGUGUUUGCAUCUUUAAUUCUUGGGUGACAGGUGCCAUCCUUUAUUUUUAUUGCUUAUUCCUUGAGACAGUGUAAAGUCUGUUUUGAGUUUAUUUUGGCUUGGGUAGACAUUUUUCUAGGAGGUUAUUGCUUGUCUUUAGAAAAUCCUCUAGUUUGGAAACAGGCUUGAGAUUCAGAAGGCAUUUUGGGGUACACAUGUCUCAUUGGUGUUCUCUGCACUUGAAGGCUAAGUGGGUGUGUAAAAGACUGUUGAGCAAAUUCUUUUGAGUCCACUUUUCUUUCCUACAAGUACUUUGUGAAGGACCAAAAUGUAGCUGGGAGAGAGUUAUUGUUUAUUCUCUACAGCUGACAGUUGAUCAGAGGAAUCACUGAUGCUGUUCAUUAUUUUCACAGCUGUUGGAGCUGCUCUCAGAGUCUAAAGUGGAUAGUUUAGUUCACAUUAGGUGCAUCUUUAUAAAGCAAAGA